AUGAAGUUCUUCUACCAGAUCGUGACCACCCCGACGGCGGAUACGCCGGGGACGGUGGCCCUCCUGCAUUUUCCGAAUAAGCGAUACCUGUUCGGCCGGGUUUCAGAGGGGACUCAGCGGGCUAUGACGGAAAAUGGGACAAAGUUGAGCGGUAUCUCUCAGGUUUUCCUCACGGGGCCCAUGAGUUGGAAUAAUUCCGGAGGCUUGAUUGGGGUGAUCCUUACGAAGGCUGAUGGAGUCACCACUUCCGUGAAUGCGCAGGAGGCCGUUGAGCGCGAAAAGGAGGCGAAUCGCCAGAAACACGGCGGGCAGCAGCAGACUGGGAAGUCUGGAGCGAGAUUGCAGGAGCGGGCCCAACUCGGGGAUGGAGAAGAGCAGCAUGAUUUGACUGUUCAUGGACCUCGGAAUCUUGCCCAUACCCUGGCGACUGCUCGGAGGUUUGUCUUCAGGAAGGGAUUGCCGGUGUAUACGAAGGAAUAUGAUACGGAAGGUGUGUCGGAUGGUCUGGGUACUAAUGCGGACGACCCUUUUGAGACACCGACUUGGUUUGAUGAGAACAUUAAGGCCUGGGUUUUGCCUAUAAAGCCUUCGUCGUCCUCGGGAUUCUCGAGCCCAAGGAAGAGAAGCCUCGAUGAGUUCCGGGAGCAUGCUACUCAGGUGGUGGAAGUGGAUCGGAAGAGCCAGGAUCAACUCGCGAGAGAGUCCGUUGUUGCCAGCAUGUUCAACUCAGACUGGCAUCUGGAUUCCCUGGAAGAAACGCGCCUUGCGGAUGUCAACUUGCCUGCACAAAUAUUUGUGCGUAAUCCAGAGACGAAAGAUCUAGAGAAGUACACGGGACCCCUUCCUGGAAAUGGCAGAGAGGUUCCCGAAAUGAACGUCCUUGUCCGAAAACCCUGGCCUGGCGCCUCCAUUGAGAAGAUUCCCACAGCGCAGAGAUGCGACGAAAGUCUAUGUUACAUUGUCAAAAAUCACAACCUCAGAGGAAAAUUUGAUCCGAAGAGGGCCAUGGCUCUAGGUGUCGAAAAGGGGCGCAAGUUUGGUAUGCUUACCCUGGGUGAAAGUGUGGAGUCCAAAGAUGGAAAGGUAAUUACACCUGAAAUGGUCAUGGAACCAUCAAGGCCCGGGAAAGGCCUGGCAGUGAUGGACUUGCCCACCCCGGAGUAUGUCCAGAGCCUCCUAAGUCGGCCGGAGUGGAACUCGCCCUCCGUAAUGAGCAACCUAGAAGCUUUCAUUUGGAUAUUGGGCCCAGGCGUCGGGGACGAUCCUCGCCUUCAAAAGUUCGUUGCUUCGAUGCCAAACUGCCAGCACAUCGUUUCGAGCAAGGAUUAUUGCCCGAACUACCUGGCCCUGCAAAGUGCUGCUGGAUCGGCAAUUCGCUUGGCCCGGUUAAGGCCCGACAAUUAUGCAGUCCCCGAGCAUAACAACGACACUCGCUUUCUGCAGACGCGGUCUUCUAUUAACCCUAUAUUUGGCAAGAGCCAAGAGUCCCCUUCUCCAUUUCUGCCGGCGGAGCCUGGUCUUAUCGUCAACAUGGAACCCGAAUUUAAGAUUAAUACUUCCGAAGUUAUACCCCGGUUGAACACUGCCUCUUUCCUGCAAAGGAUGCCAUUAUCCGCUGUACGUCGCGCAGAUAUCAUCAGCCGACGGUUAAGAGCACCAGAGCAACAGAAAAGACUUGAGCAAUUCCAUAAGGACCUUCCAGGUGCCGAUGCGGAGAUUUUCACGCUUGGGACGGGGUCGUCUGCACCAUCCAAAUAUCGAAAUGUCUCUAGUACUCUGGUCCACGUUCCAGGCUCAGGAUACUACCUGCUUGACUGUGGCGAGAGUACACUUGGCCAGCUUCAGCGUCUGUUCAACCCCAAAGAGCUCCGCGAAGUUCUUCAAAACCUACGAAUGGUCUGGAUUAGCCACCUUCAUGCGGACCACCACCUUGGUAUUGUUUCAGUCCUCAAGGCGUGGUACCAGGAGAACUACCCAGACGGAGUUCCACUGUCGAACACGAUUGAGCCAUCUAUUAAUAAGAUUUUGGAGGAAAAGCGUCUGUUCGUCGUGUCUGACGGCAUGAUGGUUGAAUGGCUGGAGGAGUAUGCCGGUGUCGAGGAUUUCGGCUUCUCAAAGCUCGUACCUUUAUCCGCCAGCCCAUUCCGACAGGAGGAUGGUAAACUCAAGACAAGUCUCAUCUACCGCCACUGUCGCGCGGACGGCUCCUAUCCCAAACGGGAGCUUCCAGAGUCAAAACCUGCUCAAUCUGAGCUGAGGUACAACAAGGAUGAUCCAACCACCUUUCUGCUUCGCAAGGCCACGGGUCUUACAGACCUUUUAACAACAUACGUCUCUCACUGCCGUGGCGCCAUGGCUGUCUCGCUCGUCUUCGAUAAUGGCUUCAAGGUCUCGUUUUCAGGCGACUGCCGACCCUCAAGCACUUUCGCGGAAAUCGGGGAAGACUCUACCGUCCUGAUCCACGAAGCCACUUUCCACGAUAGUAUGGCCGGUUCCGCCAUUGCGAAAAAGCACUCUACCACUGGCGAGGCUAUUCAGAUCGGGCGUCAGAUGCGCGCCCGCGCCAUUCUCCUCACCCACUUCAGCCAGCGAUACCAAAAGAUAGCUGAGGUUGAGCAACAUGAUGCAAAUGAAAAGCCCAAAGCGACUGAAGUUCCCCAACAAGGAACACCGACGACAACAGCAGCCCCAGACAUCCCCCUUGAUAACGACACCCAAGAGGACCUAACGUCGAGCUAUACAACGGAAUCUAAAACGCCAGCACCGGCUGUCGUCCCCAUCGUUACGGCAUUUGACCUUAUGCGCGUGCGCGUGCGCGAUAUGUAUACGCUCGGGGCCUACGCACCUGCAACCGAGAGACUUUUUGCCGUUAUUGAGCGUGCCGGGACACAAGAUGCCCGAUUAACCAGCCUAAGACAGCAGCACGAAUCCAAGAAACCGGGAAAGAACAAAAACAAGAACAAGAACAAGAAUCAAAACAGCGGUGGCUCCCCGCCAAACGGGGAUAAGAGGGCCAGCAAAAGCCCGUCUCCAUCUCGUGAGCCAUUAGAACCAAUGCCUUCUAUCUGGGAUGCUCCUGAGAGUGAGAGUGGUUGGAGUUCGAGUGACUCUGGAAAGGGUGCUUCGUUCUGA